AUGCCGUCCUCCAUGGCAUCCUCGAUGUCGUCCUCGAUGUCGUCCUCGAUGUCCUCUUCCAUGACCUCCAAUGCGACUCGUCGCGUAUCGCAUCCGCCUUCCCCCGCGACCAACAUCCUCCUUUUCCUCAUCGCCUUUCGCCUCCUCAAUGCCUUCGUCGUCCGUACCUUUUUCCAGCCCGAUGAAUUUUUCCAGUCGCUGGAACCUGCCUGGCAGAUUGCCUUUGGCCAUGGCGAAGGCAAAGAACGGGGCGCUUGGGUGACAUGGGAAUGGGACCACCGGCUCCGGUCCUCUCUACAUCCCCUCCUCUUCGCCGCCAUCUACAAAGUCGCCGACCUCCUCGCGUCCGCUCUCAGCCUCCCUGCGGCGGCGCGCGCGGACCUCCUUAUCGCCGGCCCCAAGACAGCGCAGGCCGUUGUGUCGGCAAUUGGCGACUUCUACACGUGGAAACUUGCGACUCGUAUCUACGGCACUGACUCUCGCGGCGCUUGGACUGCGUUGAUCGUCGCCGUACUCAAUCCCUGGCAAUUCUUUUGCUCGACGCGGACCUUGUCAAAUUGCUUGGAAACGACUGUCACGAUUGUCGCGUUAGACCUGUGGCCAUGGAAAUGGUCAGCGGGCGCAGUAUCCGACGAUGACCUUAGCAAGAGUGCCACCGAGAGGGGCAGGGCCGAAGAUCAAAAGCUUCUCUGGAGUCUACGCCAAUGCCUGUGCCUGGCAGCCUUCGCCUGUAUCCUCCGGCCAACCAACAUCUUGAUAUGGGCCACCCUGGCCAGCGUCGCUUGGCUUCGGAUAUUCUGGUUGCAGCGCAAGGUCCUUGUACGCGAGGUCCUGCUUUGCGGAUCGACGGUUCUCGCAGUGACGGCCGUUGCAGACCGCCUCUUCUAUGGCGUUUGGACGUUUCCUCCGCUGCGGUUUCUGUACUUCAAUCUUGCACAAUCGCUGGCAGUCUUCUAUGGCCGGAAUCGAUGGGACUAUUAUGCAACUGAGGGCUAUCCACUUUUACUCACCACUGCGCUGCCCUUCGCCCUCGUCGGUCUCUACCGCACCUUGAAGAUUCGAGCCUACUCACCCGCCGACCAAGUGCAGACAACGAUACGGGUACAACUGGCGACAGUAUGUCUUGUGAUGCCAUUCGUCCUGUCUCUGAUCUCGCACAAGGAAGUACGCUUCAUUUAUCCUUUGCUACCAUCGCUGCACAUCCUCGCCGCGCCACCUCUUGUCCAGUACUUUUACCCAGCCGUAUACUCACGGUCGUCUCGUCACACCCCCCAGAGACUUAUUCUUAUCUUCAUCGUACUGGUCAACGUGGUUAUUGCUCUAUACACGACUCUAUACCAUGCUUCGGGGACUCUCGACGUCCUCACUUACCUCCGCAAUCAACACGACCGGCAUGCUACGGACGGACAAGACACACCUUACAGCCACUUGGUUGGCACAAUACCUGACCCGGGGAUCACAGCAGGCUUCUUAAUGCCUUGCCACAGCACACCUUGGCGCUCACACUUGGUAUACCCCUCCAUCAACGCAUGGGCACUCUCUUGUGAACCCCCUGUGGAUUUUGAUGAAGAGGAAAAGGCCGUCUAUCGUGACGAAGCCGAUCAAUUCUAUGAUGACCCAAGCCAAUUCCUGCGCCGAAACAUGGUCGGUGGUCUUCACCGUAUUCCCCGACGACCCAGCUAUAUCACGGGAUUCCAGUCUCUUUCGACCACCAGCCCGAAUCAACAUCAGUGGCCAGAUUACCUGAUCUUCUUCGCGCAGCUCGAGCCGACCCUCCACAACCUCCUACGCGCCUCAGCAUACGGCGAAUGCUGGCGCACCUACAACACACGUUGGCAUGACGACUGGCGCCGACGCGGAGACGUCGUUGUCUGGUGUCUCGAUGCACGCGAGCAAGAAGCAUGGCGCUCCGAGAAACAGCGGCAAGAGAAGGAAAGUCGAGACUACCAGUUCGACCGGAUCGUCGAGGCGAUCAAGGAACAGGCCCGCGGCCCUCAAAAGCGCAGCUGGCAGUCCUUCGUCCCAUCCCUGCCUUGGUCUUCGUCGUCCUCGUCGUUUGCAUCCUGGCAACGCUCGCUGAAGUCACUUUUCUCUCCCCCGACUUCGAGGACAUGGCCUUGGAGUACUCGGUCUCGUAUGGACACUUUCCUGGCCAGGUUCCGUAAGCCGAAUCCCACUGUUAAAAAGUGGAUACCUUCGUUACCCUCGUGGUCUUCUCUGCCACUACCUUCAUGGCCGACCUGGCCCUCAGUCUUGGGAGGUGAGUCGAAGAAGAACAAGCGCAUGCCUACCCAUGACUUAUGGUCUUGA